UUCCGCCCCCGGCAAGAAUGUCUGGAUGAUAUAUUUGUGUAUGCUAUUAAGUAUUGGGACCGAGUGUGCUUUGCAAAUAGACGGACCUAUGUGAGGACAGAAACUGGUCUUAGAUACUCUAUAAGUUGUCAAGAAACCACGUUUUUAUUGAAAGGAAGUCGGUGUUUAUCUCUUCUCAUUCAUACUAGGAUCUUCAUAUUAAUGAUGAAGAUGAACAAAGAAAUCCAGUUGUUAUUGUUAUCCGCGUGCUGUCUGUGCGUGUCGUCCCAGGAGACCCUGUCGACAGGGGGAGUUCUAACCGUCGUUGACCCGCCCCCGGGAGAUGUUGCAAGACAGAACCAAGAAUUAGGGAAUCUUAAGGCCAUAUGCAGUAGCUGUAAGGCCGUUGUCUGCACUCUGGGCAUACCAAACGACUGUGGCGCGUAUGUUGUCUGUGAGUCAGGACGCCAACCCACCCAACUUAGGUGUCCUUUUGGAACCUUCUACAACCAGAAAGAAAAUAGAUGCGAUUUCCCUUCUAUCAUCAAAUGCCCUAAUGAUCCGUGUUCCGAUCCUCGAUAUCCAAACCUCGUAUCAUACCAAGACUUCCGGAUCAAAGAGCCGAACUGUCGUCACUACUGGAAGUGUAACGGGAAGUAUUCCGCUGCCGAGUGUUGUCCGGAAGGGACCGCCUACAUUGGCAGGGAUGGCGCAUGCGUAGCUGACAAAGCAUGUAAUGCUUCCUGCCCACGAAACCAAGAGACUCAGUCCGCUAAGGGCACCGACAGUUAUCAAGUGACGAUAUGUAACGGUAAAGCCAAGGCGCUUGAGUGCCCACUUCGAAUGGAAGUCCGCAUCAACGAAGUGUUUUAUGGGCGUGCCAAUGCUAAAACGUGCGGUCCUUCUCCGAAAAUCGCCAAGCCGUGUUCCAGUCGCUCCACUCUGACAACAAUACGGAGUCAAUGCGUCGGAAAACAAUCGUGUACUGUGACCGCUGACCCAUCCCUGUACUCUGACCCUUGUCCAGGAAUAGAUAAAUAUCUACUCAUUAAUUACAUAUGUAAACCAGGCUGCAAUCUAAAAAGCAAGGACGGGAAGACGUUUUACAAUGAGGCCAACGUUGCAGAAAUACAAAAAUGUAGUCACGGCACAAGAUUUGAUUCCGAAUUAUGCACGUGCGUAAGAUCUGGAAGCGUAACCCCAUUAUGUCAGCUGGAAGUUCUCAUCACGUUUAACGACAAAGAAAAUAAAGAUGUACAGAACGAGGCCAAUUCACCAGUGUGGAUAAAUGCCAAGUCGAUCGAAAAAUUCAAUGGUUACGGCACUUUCCGUGGUAAAAGCUCUGUAACAAUUCCCUUCUAUAGUGGGAAUGACAACCUUUCCCGGAAAUUUGGAAUCCAGAUUAGAAUUUUUGUCAUGGCCCAGGGACCUUCUAAACAGAUACUGCUAACAAAUUGCAAUAAUGACACUUCUAAAUAUCCGAAUGCAUCUUCACUGGAAGUUUACAUCAACAGGACGACUUCCAGUUCUAGUAUCCACAUGCGGAUUAUCAACAACGAUAAUACCAUUACAGCGUUGGCACUUCCGAUAAAAAUCAAAGAAUGGACGAACGUGCUCUUCCGAUUUGAUGGUUCGUACCUUCAUGGAACGUUACAGCAUAUCAACAAGGGCACGACCAAAGUUCAGGAGGACAAGGCCAGUGUAGCAUUCUCAGGGAACAUGAUGACCAACUCUGGCCCUUUAAAGAUAGGAUCAUGUACAGACUUUGUGGAUGGACUCUACGCCUUUAUUGAUGAGAUUCAAAUAUCGUUUUGCAAGGUGACCUUACCGAUGAAAGGUGCAAACUAACAGUAUUCUCAAGAGAUGCUCAUUUUGUUUGUUUGGACGUUGUACACCCUCGUAAUCGUCCUCCUCGUGCAAAGCUCCAUACAAAAAUGAAUAUUUAUCUCAUGUUCCCAGCUGUUGAUUUUCUUACUGGUUCAUUUCAUGUACAUUGUGAUUUAGUAUAGUACAUGUAUGAUAUUGUAAUAAACAUUUGUAUUAUAUAUAGUUAAGUGCAUUCUGUACUAUGACCAGGAACAUUUGACAAUAUUAUGCUACCGUAUGCUAACACACCACAGAACAUUCUCUUUCAGAAGAGCUCUUCCACGUUGAAGGACACUGUUAAAAUAUGUUUUAUCGGAAAUAUAAUAUGCUUAGUUAAUAAAGUGUAUGUACAUUUGAACUGUAUAUCAGCUUUGAUAGCAUAUGAUUAAUAAAUUAUAAAUUAACACAUCUAAGAUAACCAAAAGUCUUAACACAACUGACUUUGUUACAUAAGUUGUAUAAGUUUCAUUGUAGCAAAUAUCAAUGAGGGUUGAACGAUUACAAAUCAAUAGCCUAAAUUUGCAUAUCCUUUAAAAAAAGGUAUACGCUGAAUAUAAGUUUGUGUAUACAUUAGUUUUCUGUUUUUCAGGAUUAAAUGUCAUUGUUGUUGAUUUAAAUUAAAUAUAUAUUGUCUAAA